AUGGAGACGCUACGAUUAAAGGUCCGGCAGCCAGCCGAGGACCCUGUUGAGAACUGGGAUGACGGCGACUUCAUGAUGGAUGGGGACGAUUUCGCUCUCCGAAAUAACUCAGGCGCAAGCAGACCGCCUUCCCGCCGCCGCGACUCCGGCUCAUCGCAUUUGUCUUUGCGAUCAGAUCUCGAGUCAUGGACCGGUGAGGAUGAGAGGCAGGUACACAUCCCUGGAGAUGAUGAGAAGUCAACUUCGGAUGCAAUCUUUGCCGCCCAAAGUGCUGGUAUCCCUCUACCAAAGAAUAUUCCUUCUUCGGCCUUGAUGGGUGGCACUAUUAAGAGACUUGGAGGCAAGAAGAUCCGUAAAAUCAUCCAAGAAGACUGGGAAAACGAUCUAGAGCUCCCCGACACAACCCAAGGGCUCAAGAUCAAGUUCCAGAGGCACAGCGACUUUCCUGAGACACUGCGCCAGGUCAGCACUGGCUCUGUACAUUCAAGUCCCGUCAAGAUGGGUCAAAUAAGCCCACGGGCUCUUGGCCAAGCUCUUGUACCUAGGCCCGCCAUGAUAAACCUCCUGGACAAGUUCAAGGAUAACGAAGAUGAUGACUUCUUUGGAGACGGAUGUGAAACCAUCAAGAUUUCCAAGCAAAGACCUGCACCUAAAGCAGUAUCCCUCAUCACUCCUCCAACACCUUCAAAGAGUGAGGGUCUCCUUGAGGAUGAUUUUGAGAAGGAUCUCGAGCUGCCUUCGCAUGGUAAGCUUCAGCUAUCAACUAGAAGACAUAUACCGAAGACUCCAUCGGCGUAUUCCGAUGAUCUUGACUGGGGCGAAGGCAGCCUUGGUACAAGAUUCGGAGGCACACGGCGCGAUGGGCGAUCUAACAGGAGCUCCUCCGCAUCUGCACUCAGUCCAAGUGUGUCGAGUUCAAUUACUAUGGAAAGCGAGGACGAGACAUUUGAUGGACUUGUCCUCCCUGCCGGCCCAGUCAACUUCCAAGAGAGACUUCAACAACGCAAGAAAAGCCGUUCCCCCCAACGUAUUCCCGAAGAGGGACCCUCACCCCCAAAGAGGACCUCUACAGCAGAGGCCGAUAAACCCGACUUUUUAGACGGACUCGACUUUGGCGAUGGAGACCCUUUCAAUGCUGGAAAACUCACACUCCACAAAAAUAUCAAAGUGAAGGAGACUCGCCCUAUUAGCCCUGCCCGCCCUAAAACGGCAGUAUCCUUAACCUUCACAAACAAACCAGUCAACACACGAAUUCCUCGCCUCAGCCAUGAGCGGGCUCACUCAACCUCCCUAGAACCCGUAUCCGAGAGCGGCGGUCCCAUCCCGCCACGCACUCGCCGACCACAAUCUCGUCUGGGCCACAGCUCCCAAUCAUCUGUGACGAGCAUCCCUACUCCCACGACACCCUCACCUAACCAACGAUUCCCCCCAUCUACACCUAGUAGACGGGAGCUGACGAGCAAAGUGUCAACCCCCUCUAUGCGGGUGGAACCUACCACGACAAGUGCCCAGCUUUUGAAGCAGAAGCGAUCCCUCCCAGCCAUCAGAGCCCUGGCUUCCAAGUUUAAUCGUUUUGACUCUUCAACAUCAAGGCUGGACCAUCGGCCUCAAACUGGGGUGCGACCCAAAACUCCUGUUGAGUCAACGGCGCGAACAUCAAUGGAUGGCUCCGCUCAACCAACAAGAAAGAAGUCGCAGCCAUUUUUGCCUGCUGGAGCCUCAUCGUCCCAAUCACAGCAUGUCAACGCCAAAUCUGUACGCCAACUCCGUCGCCACGAUUCGGACAAUGCGCUCGACCUUCGACCUCACUCUCGGGCCUUUUCACGGUCAACUAUGCGAAGCCCAAGUCCUCAACAGAGGCUUAGGGUUGCUGCCGACACCUGGGAACGCCUGAGCAAGCCCAAAACGAAGAAGCAGUUUGGAGACGGCCAUGAGCUGGAUGCGUUUGAUGACCUGCCAACUUCCAAAGAGACGGAGACUAGAUAUUUGCGUCAGCCAGUUGGAACGAAUGGCAGCAACAAGCCUUUACUUCGUCGGGCCGGUCCUAGUAUAACCGACAGGAUGAACACUCCUAGUCCACACAUGAGUACCAAGUCUUUGUCGACACCUCGCUUUGCUCGGGAUACUACCGCAAGUCGUAUUGCGCGUGAGACAUCGCUAGCCAACCGCAACUCGAUAUCUGGGCCGUUGGCACCUGUUAAUGCUCAGCGUGCUGUGCAAUCAUCACCAGCACAGGCACCGGCGCUUUCCAUACGGACUACGCCAAACAUCCAAUCUUCUACAGUUCGAUCCAAGAAGUCGAAACGUCCGGUCCAGCAAAAGCCGCAUCUCAUCUCAAACUUGAAUGCCGGCAAGGAAUCGAAGACGGUGAAUGGGAUGUUUUAUAAUGCGGACACAUAUCGCUGGGAGGGCAAUGAGAAUGCCCUGAGCGCGUUUGACGCUGGGAUUGUCACACCGAUUGCAGCUCCAUUGGCCCCCUUGCGCGAGAGGGAGACCACGACACCCCGCCCGGCACUCAUUACCAACAUCAGCACGACCAAAGGCGUGCAGGUGGUCAACGGAAUGGUGUUUGAUCCCUCAAGUAUGUGCUGGCUCAAGCUGGGAGCACAGCAAGAGGGUCCAAAGUCGGACAAAUCCGACCCGCUGGAGAACUUCAACGCGCUUGAUGAUGAAGAAGACGUAUUCAAGGAUAUUCCUGACCUUGAAGAAAUGACUGGGGACGAAGAGGGCCAAGGCCGUGUCAGCGAUGUCAACGAUGACUGGCUAGUUGGCGAAGAGUUUGACGUUGGUCCUGAGUUUAUCAGACGACAACGUGAGGAGGAGGAUAGAUGGCGCAAGAAGUGUGGCAAGUGGGCUGGUCGUGGAACUCGAGACCGCGAGAGCUGGCGAUGGACUAUUCGUGAGCUCGUCUCUCAGUUCGACGAACUGCCCAUGUGA